UAUAAGCAACACAGCAUAUUCUCACUCUUGGCGGCUUGCUCAUUCUUAAUUUUUCAAGCAUUUGAGAAGUCUUCAAGAUGGACUUCAAUGGAACUUAUGUGCUUGAGACCCAAGAAAACUUUGUUCCUUUUAUGAGAGCCAUUGGCCUUCCAGAAGAUAUCAUAGAGAGGGGAAAGGAUCUCAAGAGUGUCACAGAGAUUGUACAGAAUGGAAACCACUUUGUAUUCACAGUGACUACAGGACCCAGAAUUCUACGUAACGAAUUUACUGCAGGCGAAGAGGCUGAGGUGGAAGCAAUAACAGGAGAGAACGUAAAGACCGUGGUAAAUGUUGAUGGGAACAAGCUGUUAAUGAACCUUAAAGGAAUCAUUGGCGUUUCUGAAGUUGUUGGAGAUACUCUUACUAAUACAAUGACAUUCAAGGACAUUGUAUACAAGUCAGUCUGCAAGAGAGCUUGAAAGGAAAGGAAUUUUUUUUAUUAAGUAAAAGUAUAAAUAAAACUGGUUCAUAAAG